UGGAGCAGAUUUUCUAUGUGAUUUUAUUGGAUGUGAAUUUGCACUGAUGGAAGGCAAUCAGUUAUAUUUUACUUUUUUAUUUUUUUUUAACCUAGUUUGGGAAUGUCCUGCUUGUUCAAACAACUGGGAUCAGCAUGGAGAAAACUGCUACUUUUUCUCAAGAAACACUCUUCCUUGGAGAGAAUGUAGCCGUUACUGUACUGGUUUAGGUUCAAGAUUUCUUAAAUUGAGUACUGAAGGAGAGAUGGCUAUUGUAACAAAACUAUCAAAGAUGCAAUGUGGCAUGUAUCAAGAGAGAUACUGGAUUAGUUUAUUUUAUGACAGCAAACAGCUGAAAUGGGUUUGGCUAGAUGGCACAGCUCUUACCUUGGACAAGCUUCAACUUCCAGAUCCUAAGAAUGCUCAUAAUAAGUGUGUAUUUGUAAAAUAUGGCCACAUAGCUGCUGAAGAUUGCCAAAGAUAUGGCUACUGUAUCUGUAAGAAAAAAACAUAUUCUGAUUAA